AAAUGCUGGCUUGCAUGUAUCUUUAGUCGUGGAAAAAGACGGUUGGGUGCUUGGCAAAGGCCCUAAUAGGGGAAAUCUGUAGCUGAUAAGCACAAUUCAGCAAGUAAGUCAUUUUGAACAAAAGUUGAAGUUUUUUUACUGUUCCUCUGCAAGAGGCCUUUCUGUGAGGAGAGUUGCCUUCCACUUUGAAGAGUUCUGGCAGAGCUGCAGACAUCCUUUCUGCUUUGAAAGAAAAAGAAGAAAAACAAACGACUGCAGUCUGCUAUACCUUCAAAUUACCAAUUGCAGCAAGGUAGAUGAAUGCUUGAAUGAGCCAGAGAGAAAAGCUAGAGACCUUACUUGAAGUCUAAGACGACAAGUCACAAGCUGAAAAAGUCAAAACAGAGCAAGAAAAGGCUGACGAAGUCAAAAGCCAUACGACUGGGAAGAUAAUGAGAAACGAGAACCAAUAACGUGAAUAAAGCAACAAAGCAAGAAAUCUGUUUUGGGAUAAAUAUCAGUGGGUCAUCGGACCAUUACGAAAAGGUUGGACAAACAUGGCGUGCCAGGCAUUCGGUGUGGAUUCUUUCCCUCAGCUGGCAGGAGAUCCACCUUUGCCAAUCCUCAUGCACCACGGCUCUGCCAGUGACUGCCUGCCAGCACCUUCCCACACACACAGCAUGGUUUCUGCAGUGUCAUCAGGUCUGUCUCUGGGUCAGACCGCCAAACGCUCCCACAUGCACCUGUCCACUUCCUCCCUCAGCAAUGCUCUUGGUAAUGGACCCCCCAGCUUACAUUACCCAGUCACCCCCUGUCACUACAGCAACCAGCAGGCCACCUAUGGUAUGAUGGCAGCGCAGGAGAUGCUAUCAGCCAGCAUAUCUCAGACUCGCAUCUUGCAGACCUGUGGUGUUCCCCAUCCAAACAUAGUGAAUGGAGCUAAUCCACUGCAAGGGUCAUUGACUCCUUGCAUUUAUAAGUUCCCAGAUCAUGGGCUGAGCAGCAGUUCUUGUGCUUUGAGCCAUGGCUUCUCCUCGCUGCCCUCUACUCUCCUCACAGCUGAUGAGGCUCCAGGGGGCACUUGUGGUGAGGUGAAAGCUGAUGCUCAAAGGAAGAGCAUGAGAGAACCUGAGGAUGCUCCUGCCAUGGACUCCCCACAGAUAAGAGAGCUGGAAAUGUUUGCAAAUGACUUCAAAAUACGUAGGAUAAAGCUUGGCUACACUCAGACUAAUGUAGGCGAGGCUCUUGCAGCAGUGCACGGCUCAGAGUUCAGCCAGACCACAAUCUGCCGCUUUGAAAAUUUGCAGCUGAGCUUCAAGAACGCCUGCAAACUAAAGGCCAUCCUGGCUAAAUGGCUUGACGAAGCUGAGCUGGCUGGUGCCUUGUACAAUGAUAAAAUAGGAAUGAACGAGCGGAAACGAAAAAGAAGAACAACAAUUAGUCUUGGAGCAAAAGAGGCCCUGGAGCGCAGCUUUGUUGAGAAAAGUAAGCCGUCCUCCCAGGAAAUAGCCCGGAUAGCCAAAAGUCUCCAUCUGGAAAAGGAAGUGGUCAGAGUUUGGUUCUGCAACAGACGCCAGCGUGAGAAACGGGUCAAAACAAGCCUCAACCUGAGUUCCUGUCUGACCAAAAUCAGUCCAAACUGCAUCACACAAAUGACUAAAACACAAAGACCAAUCUAAAUGGAUCUCAGAAUGUGUGUCAAUUUAUCUUUCCAAGAAGUUUGUGUCUGACUUAAAGUAAUCAAACAUUAUCAUCAAAUUUUUGACCUAAAAGUGAUCUUUUUUAAUUUCACUUGAAAGACUUUAAUCAACAGAGAACAAGAAAAAUUUUCUUUCUUUUUAAAUAACGGCACCAAGGAACCUUCACGGCUUUAUUGAAGGAGGAUCUCAUCUCGGUAUAAUGAAUAAAAGAAAGGGAAAAACACUCCAUUACUAGGUGCAAAACACGAAGGACAUGGAAUUGCAAAAGUCUGUCCAAGUUGCACAAACAUACAAUAUUGUAGCUCCUUCAUACUGUGAAGAAGAUUUUGGCCUCUUCACUUAGGAGAAAAAAUGUUUUCACUUGAAUAUCAAUAAAUACAUAAAUAAAACCAUUCCAAAAUCAAGAGAUAAAUUCAAAACAAAUAAUUCUCACCAGUGCCUUUUUUGUUGUUAAAAUGCAGCUUUUAACUGAAUGUGAUUAUUUAUAUUGAUAAAAGAAUGGAAAAGCGCAAAAAAAAAUCCCACUUUUUCAAUGCUCUCUUUCCACUUUUAUUGUUGUUGAAAACAUUUUGUUACUUUGUACCAUUGAUAUUUAUUGUGUUUUUGUUAUUCUAUUUGUGUAUUUGCAAUUUGAGCUGAUGUUUUUGUACUGCAUGUUUAAUUAUUCACCAUGAAGUUCAUCCAUCCACGUCUCUAUUCUGACGUUAUCCCAUUCUGGGUCAGAGGGGUUGUUGGGGCCAAUUCCAGCUACUUCUGGGCAAAGCCUGGACAGCAUAUGGCAAAGCCACAAACCAAAAGACACACACUCGUGUUGAAAUUUAAACCAGGUCGAACUUUGACCAAUCAGGGACUUGGUUGUGGAAGUGACAUAUGAAUGACGUCCCUUUUAAUUCACGGAAGUGCCAACUGUUUAAAAGUUGAUCAUGAAGGAGAAAUUAAUAAUUGCGCUUUGUGCCCGCCUAGAAUUACAUGACACCAAGUUUUUUUUAUAUUUGGGAAUUAAAGUGUGAGAGGAAAAGCCUGAUGCAGGAUUUUCAAGAUUUGCACCGCUUUAACAUUUCGCACCAAGCUUUUUCCAACUGUUAGGUUGCUGACAUGCACCAGUAUCAGGUAGGGACAGUUCAGUGUGAACACUAAAUGCAAAACGCUCAUUAAAGAACAUGCUUUUAGCGCGUUUUUGAAUGCGCACCACAUGCCCGGUGUGAACGUAGCACAUAGGGCAAAGAUGAGUCAACAACCCAAUAUAAAAAUGAAAAGUGGUAUUUUAUGUUACUCUAAUUAUUUAGGUAAACCUAACAUAUUUUAAUACUCAAUUAUGUCUCUAUUUAUGAACGUUAAUUUAUUGUAAUCAUUUGCCAUUUAAAGUGUUUUUAUUUUUAAAGGUAGAAAUCAGUAUGACAUCAAACUUGUUUGUGUUCAGCUGUUUUCUUAUUGUCAGUCAUUUUUUUUGCCUGUGUUGUUGCUACUUAGAUAAGUUCUCAUUCAAAGAUCAUUAUCUAAAUGAUUUUUAAUGAAAUAAUCAAGCUGUGGAGUAAAAUACAAAUUGUGGACAUUCCUGUUACAUAGUAUUUAAGUGCAUGAAAUUCUUAUAUCUAAUAUUUAAAAAAAAAUGUUAAAUGUGAAGGGAUUUGAAAAAUGUGCCUUGAAGAAACUCAAUAGACUAAAAUGAAAUGUUUUCUCAUUUGUUUUGACAAGUUUUAUGUUCUGUUAUUGAAAAUGUAAGUAUUAAGGGUUAAAUGUCUUUCAUAAAGUAUUUUACACCGGACAACUCAUAUUUUAUGCUGCUGUAUUACUAAAUCGAUUCAUAUAUUAGAAAACAUAAGCUUGGAGGAUUCAUAAAGAAGAUGACAAGAUACUUUUAUUCAGGAGCAGUCAGUCUCUGGUGUGAGUUAUGUUUGGUUGUGCAGCUUGAGUGCUGUCAGGGGAAAUAAAUGUAGCUCUCUCAGAUGGCUCUCAUAGUAUUGUAAAGUUGACAGCAAGAUUUAUUCAGGAUAAACUUCUGAGAUGCAGCUUAGGCUGCCCUCACAGCUUCCUGUCUUCUUGCUGCUAAUCAAGAUAGGUAAAUGGAAAUUUCAUUGUCAUGUUUUUAUCAGAUGUGUGUCAUGUUAAUAGCAUCAUCAAUUUUUUAAGUGGAAUUCACUCAUGCACUAUAAUUUCUGCUAGAAGCAGCUUUCAAAAUAUGAGCUUGUGUCUUCAAAGUAUUGCCUUAGUUUAGCUGAUCAAAAUCUCAGAGACACCAUGUCUCUGAAUUUGUUCUAGGCAAAACAAACAGUGAAUGACAAAUUAACAAACUUAAACGUUAUUUUUUAAUGAUCCCCCUUUUUAUUUUGAAGAGAUAAGCAAAAAACUGUAUAUUCCACUAGUUUGGAAAGGUUAACCAGAGAAACCAAAUAUUUACAAGCUUCACAUUUAAAGAAUGAACCUAAAAGGAUAGAAAAAGUCAUGAUAGAUGCUACAUUCACACCGGUCUGGGAAGCACAUUCAAGCGACCACUUCCCGUGAAAAGUUUAUGUAUAGCUACAUAUAUUCGGGUUUUGGACUUCUUUGUUCAAAACUCUCACAUUUGUGUGCUGCUAUGCAAGUUUUUAAGUCUAUUUUCAGACUCAAAAUGCAUGACCAUUGAACUCGUGUUUAAAGUUAAACCAGUUGAACUUUAAGCAACCAGGAACUCGGAUUUUGAAGUGAAGUAUAGGUAGCAUCCUUUUUUAAGCAUGGAAGUGGCAACCAUUUGAAAAGUACGACGGAGUUUAAGGGCCACCAAAAAAAAAAAAAGUAAAAGUACGAGAUUUUAAGUCAUACAUUCAUUAGAAAUCUCGUAAGUUUACGAGAAAAAACCCGUGCAUUUACUAGAUUAAAGUGGAAGUGAGCAUACAGUGUAGCAGCAAGUGAACGCCACGCAGCACGCAGCAGAGCAGACAGACUAAACUGAA